UCAUGGCGGCUAGAAAGAAAGAUGGCGCUCCUGAUUGGAAAUACUACGAAUCUCCUGACACCAUCGCUCUUUUUGAAACGGUCAAGCAGUAUCUGCUAAGAAACUGUAAAAAGUAUGUGCAAGUGGAACCACCUACGAAUAAAGCUCUCGCAACACUAACAGCACAGCUGUUACAAUUUCAAGAAGAUAACUUCGGUAAGGAUGUAAGCAAACAAGCACUUUUGACAAAACUGCCUAUGAAGAUGUUCAUGGAUUAUUCUUCAGGUGGAAGUCUUUGCAUUAUCUUUGCAAAUGUGUUUAAGACAAAGAUGGAACAAGGAUGGAGGAGAUUUGACUUUCAGUCUCCCUCACGAAUGGAUAGAAAUGUGGAGCUGUUCUUGAACAUGGAAAAGGCAUUGAGAGAGGCUAAACUCUUGAGUGUGCCAAAUGUGUUCAUAACACCAGAAGUGGAUCCACGACUUACAGCCAAAUUAAAGGAUAUUGUUAAAAGGCACAACGGUGCUAUAACUGAAGACAGAUCAGAAGCUAGUCAUGUUGUUUAUGGUCCUCCUCCACCCUUUCCAGAAGAGGAGUGGCUAAGGCCUUUACUGAGACAAGACAAACAAGUUCUGGUACAUUGGUGGUAUUACCCUGACAGCUAUGACACCUGGGUGCCUUCAAGUGACAUUGAAGAUGAGCCUCAACCUGAGCCCCAACAUCAGGGACCCUGGCAGGUGAAUGCCCGCUGGUUGACAGAUCUUGAUGUGUUUAAUGAGUGGAUGAAUGAGGAAGAUUACGAGUUAGCUGAUACAGAUGGCUCAGGCAACAAAAGAGAAACAUCACCAGCAUUAGGAAAGACGCGAAGGAAAAGCUUACGAACAGGUGCCAGUUCUGAUGAGCAACCUGGCAGCCCUGAUGGAGGAAAACCUAAGAAAAGAAAAAGAUCUCCAUCACCUGAUUCAAAGAAGAAAAAGAAACUAGUGGGACCAGCAAAUCCAAAGAAAAAAUCCGGAAAAGAUGAGGAAAAUGACAGUGACGAUGCUACGAAAGAUCUUCCUAACCCGUCACCCAUUUCUAAUGUUGAAGAAGUCUCCGCCUCUAGCACCUCAGCCUCCAAGGGAAAAGAAGCUGAUUUACAACCUUUGAAAGGAAAUUCAUUGACGGACAUCUCUGAUUCAGGGAAGCCAGAGGGUGCUGAUGUGGAAGAAAUGGAGACGGAAAGUCAUUCAGAUACACAGGAUCAGCCUGAAGAGAGUACAGAGCAGUCUGCGCCUGCAUCGCCCUCAUCCAGCCAGACAAAAGAUGGAAUAUUCAAAGAACCGCUGGUCGUGCAAGACACGGAGACUCAUGAUGAGAAUCUGACAGAACAGACUCAUCAUAUCAUUAUACCCAGCUAUGCAUCUUGGUUUGACUACAACAGCGUCCACGCCAUUGAGAGAAGAGCCUUGCCGGAGUUUUUCAACGGAAAGAACAAAUCGAAGUCUCCUGAAGUNUAUCUGGCAUGCCGAAACUUCAUGCUUGAUGCUUAUCGACUGAAUCCAACGGAAUAUUUGACUGCCACAGCUUGCCGGCGGAAUCUGUGAGGGGAUGUGUGUGCGAUUGUAAGGAUCCAUGCCUUCCUGGAGCAGUGGGGUCUUAUUAAUUAUCAAGUAGACGCAGAUGGCCGUCCGGCGCCAAUGGGGCCACCUUCCACAUCACACUUCCAUGUGUUAGCAGACACUCCAGCGGGUCUACAGCCCUUGCAUCCUGCUAAAGCACAGAUUCCCGCCUCCCAACAAAUUAUCCAAUUCAAAGAUGACCUGGGAGGCAAAGAGACAUACAAGGGCGGUGUGGCAGGAGCAAACUUUGGCCUCCGUUCAGACCAGUACCUAUCUAAAAAGAGUCAAAAGGCUGCAACAGCUACAAAAGAGUGGACUGAACAAGAGACACUUCUUCUUUUAGAGGGCCUGGAAAUGUUCAAAGACGAUUGGAACAAGGUGGCUGAACAUGUGGGAACUCGAACGCAAGAUGAAUGUAUCUUGCACUUCCUUAGGCUUCCGAUAGAGGACCCCUACCUUGAGGAUGUACAGUUGGGUCCUUUAUCACACCAGCCCGUUCCGUUCAGUCAGCAGGGUAACCCCAUAAUGUCGACUGUAGCUUUCCUUGCUUCUGUUGUUGAUCCUCGGGUCGCCAGUGCUGCUGCUAAAGCUGCUCUAGAGAAAUUCUCUGAGAUGAAGGACGAGAUACCGCAGUCAGUCAUUGACAGCCAUGUUAAGAAUGCUGCAAAUGCACGAGCGGAGAAAGUAAAGCAAGAAAGCUCAGAUGAAAACAAAGAAGAAACACCACAACCCAUGGAAGUGAAUGGAGGCCAAGGAACUGUUGUCGAGGGAAGAGAGACGCGAGCUCAAGAUGCAAAGGCAGAAGAGUCUUCCGAGCCAAGUAGCCAAGCGCAGAACGGCGAGAAAACACCGGCUAUAAACGAGGAAAACAUUGCAAAGGCGGCGGCUUCAGCCCUGGCAGCAGCUGCAGUCAAGGCAAAGCAUUUGGCGCAAGUUGAGGAGCGCAAGAUCAAAAGCCUUGUAGCGUUACUUGUGGAGACUCAGAUGAAGAAACUGGAAAUUAAAUUGCGCCACUUUGAAGAACUUGAAACCAUCAUGGACCGUGAACGAGAAGCGUUGGAAUAUCAACGUCAACAGCUACUCGCUGAACGACAACAAUUCCAUCAAGAACAACUCAAGGCCGCCGAGCUGCGCGCUCGAGCCGCCGCCGGUCACCUUUCCCCAUCAGCUGCCUCGCCUGCGCAGCUGCAACCACAACCACAGACAUCCCAACCUCAGCUGCAGAUUCCACCGCAGCAGCAACAACAACAACAGGCACCAGCGCAGCAACAACAAAAGUUCAGGCAUUCCCAGCAAGCUACGCCCCAGACCUCUCUUCCAGGUGCUACCAACCAAGUGCCACAAGUCGCCAGCCCCGCGCCACAAGUUGCAGCUAAUAGUCAACCCGGCGGAUCCAAUCCACCGUCCGCCUCUGCCUCACCAGCUCCAGUAAUGAACCCUGGCUCUGUACCCCAGGUGGGCUCCCACCCUCACUCUGGCUGCAGUACCCCGGUGUCAUUCAUGGGAUCGAAUGCUGCUUCCCCUGCAUCAGCUCCAGGUACCCCCAGUAAUGCUCCCCUAGCUCAUGCUGCCGCUGGCCAGGUGGCUCACGCGCCAGCUGACAAUGCUGUUUCGAGCCCAGUUCCCCCGAGCCAAAGCAUGAUGGAGUAGUGACACUAGAGGAAAUAAUUUGUCAAUUGUUUAUUUUCUACGAUGCUAGUUUGUGUAGUUUGUUUUUUGUCGAAAUAUUAAAAUGUUUGUUUUGUCGUA